UUGACAGCUAUAGGAAGCCAAAGCGGAGGGCGCCAUAAGGGGAGCAUCAUCACUUUCACCCAGUAAAAGAAAAAAAAGUAGUCUCACCCUCGCAGAGUGAACAGUCACACAACUCAAGAUGGCUUUCUUGAUCAAGAGCAUGAUUGGGAACCCCCUGUCAGGAAUGGGUCUUGGUGGUGGAGGUGACAAAGAAGAGGAGGCCACCCCCUCAGAUCCAGCCAAAGCAGCAGGGAUGACACGCGAGGAGUAUGAAGAGUACCAAAAACAGUUGGUGGAGGAGAAGAUGGAGAGAGAUGCAGAUUUCUUACACAAGAAGGCAGAGAGGGCAACACUCAGGGUGUGCCUCAGAGAAAAAUACAGGCUGCCAAAGAGCGAGCAGGACGAUAACAUGCUUGAGAUGGCCGGGGACGACGUGGACGUGCCCGAGGAGCUACUCAAGAUGGUGGACGAGGAUGCCACGGAGGAGGAGGGCAAGGACUCCAUCAUGGGCCAGUUUCAAAACUUGCAGAACAUGGACAUGGACCAGCUGAAGGAGAAGGCCUCGGCCACUGUCACCGAGCUGAAGACCAAAGCGGAGGAGAAGUGCUCCGUCAUGUGAGCGGCCUGAGGGGUUCGUCUGUGUUUGAGUGAUGAAGAGGAAGAAGAAGAAGAGGAAGAGGAGAACACAAGAAAAUUUCAACACUUUCUGAGAAUCUGCAGACUGAGCUGUGUUAAUAAGUCUGAGAUUCAGUUUCAACCGCCUACAAAGUAUUCACUUUUAUCAUAAGCACUACUACUACCGGUCUGCAUCUACUGAACAACAUACUGUAAAACUUUCCCUGUUAGCUUUUUACUGAACGGGUAGUAAUUUACAACAUAUCAUUGCAAUAAACUUAAAAUACUUUAAUUUACAACCAGAGUGCCCCAUCUCUCCCCGAUGACCGUUAUCUUUGAUAAACUAUGUAGAAAAGUGAUUUUCCCAGCCAAGUAGCCCUUUUCACGUCAUUCACAGGCCACAAUACAUUUUAAUAAUAUGAUUAUUUGUGAUAUAACCUUCGCUUUUUUCUCUGUUUGUUGUAAAUUGAGACAGUUAUGUCUCUAAACUUGUUAUUUUCAGUCAAAUAAAUAAGAAAUACACCAAGACAAGCUUAUAAAACAACUUACUUAAGUUAAAUAUUCAAUCCUGUAUGAGUGUUUCAACUUUCCUUUUGGUUUGUUGGUUAUUCUAGAUUUUUUUUUUUGUAUGUGGUGUUUGAAUUAUGACAUUUAGAUUUUUGCAGUGUUAUUACAGAGCAGACAUGUUGAUUUACUUUGAUUUUCUCCACAUACUCAUUUGAAUUGUAAUAACGGUU